UUUGGGCAUUGGAGUGUGCUGUAUGGUUGUUCUCGUGCUUUUAAAGAAAACACGUACUGGAAAACCUCCUCACAAAUUCAACGAAAGCCAGUGACAAGGAUUUGCAUUUCUCGCACGAAUUCUCAGAGCGAGAGAGGAGAGAGAGAAAGAGAGAAAGAGAGGGGUUUGUGGAUCUAGAUCUCUCCUCCUGGUAAAAGCCAUGGCGAGAGGAGCUCUCGCUUUUCAGCUCUGCAUCUCUGUGUGUCUUCUGCUCUUCUUCCAUGCUCACUGCUUCUAUCUCCCUGGCGUUGCUCCUGAGAAUUUUCAGAAGGGGGAUUUAUUGAAGGUUAAAGUGAACAAACUGACAUCUACAAAAACUCAGCUGCCUUACUCAUACUAUACCCUUCCGUACUGUACUCCAGAGCACAUAGUUGACAGUGCAGAGAAUCUUGGGGAGGUUCUUCGUGGUGAUCGCAUUGAGAACUCACCUUAUGAGUUUAAAAUGAGAGAACCACAAAUGUGUAAUGUUUUAUGUCGUAAGGUUCUUAAUGCUAAAACUGCAAAGGAAUUCAAGGAAAAGAUUGAUGAUGAGUAUCGGGUGAACAUGAUUCUGGAUAAUCUUCCUCUGGUUGUACCCUUAAGAAGGCCUGAUUCAGAAUCUUCCAUUGUGUAUCAACAUGGUUUUCAUGUUGGUCUUAGGGGACAGUAUGCUGGGAGCAAGGAAGAAAAACAUUUUAUCCACAACCACUUAGCAUUUACAGUUAAGUAUCACAAAGAUCAAGUGACAGAACUAGCACGGAUUGUAGGAUUUGAGGUCAAACCAUUCAGUGUCAAACAUGAAUAUGAAGGUGAGUGGAACGACAAAAAAAGAUUAACGACAUGUGAUCCUCAUGCAAGACGCACUGUUACCAACUCCGAAAAUCCACAAGAAGUUGAAGAUAAGAAGGAAAUCAUAUUUACCUAUGAUGUUGAGUUCCAGGAGAGUGAUGUUAAGUGGGCAUCUCGUUGGGAUACUUAUCUUCUGAUGGCUGAUGAUCAGAUCCAUUGGUUCUCAAUUGUUAAUUCUUUGAUGAUUGUUCUUUUCCUAUCGGGCAUGGUGGCUAUGAUCAUGUUGCGAACACUAUACCGAGAUAUCUCCAAGUACAACCAACUAGAGACCCAAGAAGAAGCCCAAGAAGAGACAGGAUGGAAACUGGUCCAUGGUGAUGUUUUCAGACCUCCAACAAACUCAGAUUUACUGUGUGUGUAUGUUGGGACAGGUGUUCAAUUCUUUGGAAUGAUUCUUGUCACCAUGAUCUUCGCUGUCCUGGGGUUCCUCUCCCCCUCAAAUCGUGGUGGGUUAAUGACAGCCAUGCUCCUACUCUGGGUCUUUAUGGGCCUUUUUGCUGGAUACUCCUCAGCUCGUCUUUAUAAGAUGUUCAAGGGAACAGAAUGGAAGAAAAUUACUCUCAAGACAGCUUUCAUGUUUCCUGCAAUUGUCUUUGCCAUUUUCUUCGUUUUGAAUGCUCUAAUUUGGGGUGAGAAAUCCUCUGGUGCAGUACCAUUUGGGACUAUGUUUGCUCUGGUAUUCUUGUGGUUUGGCAUCUCAGUCCCACUUGUUUUUGUUGGUGCCUAUGUUGGUUAUAAGAAGCCAGCGAUUGACGAUCCUGUGAAAACAAAUAAGAUCCCUAGGCAGAUCCCAGAACAGGCUUGGUACAUGAAUCCGGCCUUUUCUAUCCUAAUUGGAGGCAUACUCCCAUUUGGUGCUGUCUUUAUUGAGCUCUUUUUCAUCCUCACCUCGAUAUGGUUGCAACAGUUCUAUUACAUAUUUGGGUUCCUAUUCAUCGUCUUUCUCAUACUUGUUGUCACUUGUGCUGAGAUCACAAUUGUACUCUGCUACUUCCAGCUUUGCAGUGAAGACUACCUUUGGUGGUGGAGGUCAUAUUUGACAUCAGGCUCCUCAGCAUUAUACCUUUUCCUCUAUGCUGCUUUCUACUUCUUCACCAAGCUUGAUAUUCAGAAGCCAGUGUCUGGAUUAUUAUAUUUCGGGCACAUGCUGAUUGUCUCAUAUGCAUUCUUUGUUCUGACUGGUACAAUCGGUUUCUAUGCAUGCUUAUGGUUCACAAGGCUCAUCUAUUCAUCAGUAAAGAUUGAUUGAUUAUUAAUUGCAAUCUGAAGGAAAUUAUUUGUUAUUUUCUACGUGAGGAAGCAGAAAAGUCACUUGCGGUGGUAAAUUCGGAGUCUUCUUCUCGAGGUUACCGGUUGGGUUCAGUUUUGAAUCUUGAGGACGUAGAAAUUGUUAUCCUUCUUAGCCUUCUCAAUACAGGUUCUUUGGCAGUUCUAGUUCUUUUGUUUAUUGUUCUUAUAAUGGUCUUCUUACUAUUAUUUUCGUAACAAUUGUGAGAAACUGUUACAAGCAAUCUACAUGGCCCUUAUUUUAGAAAUGGAAAUGCAAUUCUUAUUUACACAUAGGCUGUGUUAGCUUUUUCUCGUUCCUAUUCCGGAUCUUUGAAAUGCAAUUCAUUUUAUGUAAUAAUAAAAAAGAAGCAUAAAAAGUUCAUUUA